CUAAACGCGCACGAUUAACAAACAGUACACCCUGAUUAUAUAACGAACAGAAGACAAGACGUUUUUUUUAUAAAAAUAAUUAUAAAAAAAAAAAAAAGUGCACUUCAGUCCCUCUCCCUCCUACUGUAGUUGUAUAAUCAGACGUCCACGUCGGCGGCGUUGUAUGCUGAGACGAUCAUCUGAUGGAGAAAGAAGACGACGGAGCUCCACCAGCAGCAGCAGCUGAUGAAGUAGAAGGGGAAUAUGAAGAUGAAGAAAUGAUUGACUACGGUGACGAUGAUGACGACGACGAGUUUCCUUAUCCAAUAUUACCUCCUACUCCCCCACUCCCUUCUUCUUCUUUCCCCAAUUCACCAGAUAUAAAGAUGGAUGAUGUCCACCAACAUGAAGAAUCUCAGGUGCAUCCUAUUCCCGCACAACAUUUAGUUACAUCAGAUAUAAACGAGAAUCAACAAGAUUCAGAUGAUGACGGACCUCCGCCCGGAUGGGAAUCCAAACGUCAGCCUGAACCCGAAUUACAAACGGCAUGUCCAACACCUCGUCAAUCAGAUAUAAAAACAGAGGAUGUCCCAGAAGCUGCCAAGAAUGAUGAAGAUCAACCACAGUCACAGGGACAUCCUAGUCCAGCACCAGAACUAGACCUAUCAGAUACUCAAGUGGAACAGCAUGACUCCGAGGACGAUGGACCUCCUCCUGGAUGGGAUCCUAGAUGGCAGUCUGAACCCAAAACACAACCAUCACGUCCAAAAACUCCUGAAUCAGAUAUGAAGACGGAGACGAAUGAUGGACAACAAGAUGCACAGAAUGGAGAUGGUCUCCCACCAGAUUCUAAUGCACAUUAUAGUCAAGUACCUGAAAUAGUUUCAUCAGCAACCAAGAAAACAGAAAUAUUAGUGGACCCACAAGAUUCAGAGGACGAAGGACCUCCACCCGGAUGGGAUUACAAAUGUCAGCCCGAGUCCAUGUUACAAGUGGCACAUCCGACAAUUCCUCAAACAGAUUCAAAGAUGGAGGAUGUACAAGAAGAUACCCAGAAUAAAGAUAACUCCCAACCACAACCACAUACUUAUGUUAGUCCAGCACCAGAGCUACUUUCAUCAGAUAUAAAAGUUGAAGAAAAAUAUUCAGAAGGCAGUGGGUCACAACUCGUAGGUCCUUCUGAAUACCAUCCUAAACCGGAACCCGCAUGUUCAACAACUCCUCCAUCAGACUCAAAGAUGAAGGAUGAUCAACAAGACACACAUGGAGAUGAUGGCCCCCCUCCAGGUUGGGAAUCCACUCCUCAACAGCAAUCAAAAAUUUCUUCAAAUCCACCAUCACCAUUGGUUCCUUCAGGUGCAGGAAUUGGGUGUGACCAAAAGAAUGUCAACAUUAUUGAAGAAAGCUCUCAACCACCUCCAAGUCAGGGGUCAAUACCUCCAACUAAACCACAAAUAUUAGUACCAAAACCACCAAGUACGAUAGAUCAUCAUGAAAUGGGACAAAUGGUGUGUGGUUCUUGCCGCCGGUUGCUUAGCUAUCCAAGAGGUGCUCGAUAUGUUGAGUGUGCUUGUUGCCUGGAAGAAAAUUAUGUUCUUGAAGAACACGAAGUAGGGCAACUCAUAUGUGGAGGUUGUAAUGUGCUGCUUAUGUACCCCUAUGGAGCACCAAAAGUUAGAUGCGCAAAUUGCAGCGGCGAAACAGAAAUUGGAGAUCAAAAUCGGCGCCUUCCUCUCUCUGAGCACAAAAGGCGAGCCAGACAACAUCUGAAGCGUGUGCAAGCGAUAUAAAUAACAACAAAGGUUAGUUUUGACAGCGCAUUCACAAAAUGCAUCAGUGUCACAAAGAAAAUCAAUUUGGAUGCUUCUCGAAGCAGUAUCACCAAAAACUUGUAUAUUGACAGUUGACUGAUGCGAGAGAAAAUGCUGUAUUCUAGAAAAGGCUAAUUACAUUUGACAAUUGGGCCAUUUUGUAAAAUAUCAGAUUUGUCACUUCUCAAUAAUUCGCCAAAGUAGAAAUUUAUGCGAGUUGAAAGUGACACGUUUAAAAAUGUGGUCUUCAAUACUUAUAUUUUAUCUUAUAUUA